GCUUGAUUGCCUCUUACUUCCCUUUUAUAAUUCCCUUUUUCUAUGGUCCUCCUCUUUCCUCUAUUUUGAUCUCACCCCCCCCCACCCCCCAAACUCAAGAUUUGAAGCCUACGUGCACACCCUUAUACUGACAUCACCUUUUCCUGUUCUAAUCAAAUUCAUCUCCUACACUGUCCACUUCCACGUGAUACGGGUAGAGGUAAAACAAUUCAAUCUGUCAGAGGCUAAAGGAUUUCAGAUUUGAAGAGCAUAGUCAAAAUGCCAAUGGAGAAUGCUGAGCUUACUACAGAGCAGGUUUUGAGCAGGGAUAUCCCAUGGGAGACAUACAUGGCCACAAAGCUGAUCACAGGAACAGAUUUUCAGCUGUUGAGACGCUAUGACAAAAAGGCAGAAAGUUACAAAGCCCAGUUGUUGGAUGAUGACGGUCGAGGUUAUGUCCGCGUCUUUGUUACCAUAUUACAUGACGUCUUCAAGGAAGAAACCGUGGAGUAUGUUUUGGCUUUGAUUGAUGAAAUGCUUACAGCUAACCCGAAAAGAGCAAGACUAUUCCAUGAUAACAGUCUUGAAGAUGAAGAUACCUAUGAGCCUUUCCUCAGAUUGCUCUGGAAAGGUAAUUGGUUCAUACAAGAGAAGAGCUGUAAGAUUCUGUCUUUGAUAGUGAGUGCCAGGCCAAAAGUUCAGAAUGGUGUUGAUGCUAAUGGAGACGCGUCAGGUUCAAAGAAGAAACUCACUACCAUCGAAGAUGUUCUGACCGGCCUGGUUGAUUGGCUUUGUGCACAGGUUUGUGUGGGAAAGAAGCUUUUUGGAGUUUUAGUUUCUUUUUUGGGGGCCAGGGGGGNCCUAGCAACUCUGUUGAAGGAGCCAGUGAUUCGAUCUUCAUUUGUUCGAGCCGAUGGAGUGAAGUUGCUUGUUCCUUUAAUUACACCAGCAUCAACGCAGCAGUCUAUCCAGCUUCUCUACGAGACAUGUCUAUGUGUCUGGCUAUUGUCUUACUAUGAACCUGCAAUAGAGUACUUAGCUACUUCAAGGGCGCUCCCUCGAUUGAUAGAAGUUGUUAAAGGUUCAACAAAGGAGAAGGUCGUACGGGUCGUCAUCUUGACUCUUCGGAAUUUGCUUUCCAAAGGAUCAUUUAGUAUUCUGAUGGUAGACUUGGGAGUGCUGCAGAUUGUUCAGAGCUUGAAAGCGCAGGCUUGGAGUGAUGAGGAUCUUUUGGAUGCUCUGAAUCAACUAGAAGAAGGAUUGAAGGAUAACAUCAAAAAGCUGAGUUCGUUUGAUAAGUACAAGCAAGAAGUCCUUCUAGGCCAUCUUGAUUGGUCUCCGAUGCACAAAGAUCCUAUAUUCUGGCGCGAAAACAUAAAUAGUUUUGAGGAGAAUGAUUUCCAGAUCCUGAGGGUGCUCAUUACAAUUUUGGACACAUCAAGUGAUCCAAGGACACUUGCUGUUGCUUGCUAUGAUCUAUCACAGUUCAUUCAGUGCCAUUCUGCUGGGCGAAUCAUAGUGAAUGACCUCAAAGCUAAGGAGCGCGUAAUGAAACUGUUGAACCACGAGAAUGCAGAGGUCACAAAAAAUGCCUUACUCUGUAUCCAAAGGCUUUUCCUAGGUGCCAAGUAUGCUAGCUUUUUGCAGGUUUAAUUCUCGUCGAAGGGUUUCAUUGUUCAGACGAUGAAAACUAGACAUAUCUUGUUAUUUCAUUGGAACACAAGGAGUUUGGUCGUGUUCGUGUUCGUGUUAAUUUAUUUGUUGUAUCAGUAUUCGAGUAUUGUAUCUAAGGCGUCCUCCGGAUGAGAUUCUCAUUCCAAAUAAUGUUUACGAGUUAUUUUAUUUCUCCCUCCAAUAAAAGAAAGUUUGUAUCGAUUUGUUUAUCGAACAAGGGAAUUGUUUUGUGAUAUAUGCUAUCUGGAAAUUGUCCAUCAAACAACUUAUUAAUGUGAAAUUUUUGCAGUUUGAGUCUGUAUUA